AAGCACACCAUUCGCACACUGGUGUCACGCCGGUGUAUAAUCUAACACUUGCGGAAUAAGGCAGAUCAUAAUGACAUUUUGCUAUCAGCUCAAAUUCGGACAUCACUUUACCAAUGCUAGGCUAGCCUAAGCUAGGCUAGCAAGCUAACUACUUUCAGAUGAGUGCUGGUUAAACAUAUUCUGUAGAUAGUUAUGUGUUUUCACACCUUGCUCCCCACGCUGAACUGAAUAUGAAGAGGAGGACCUUUACAUAGAAAUGGAGGAUGAUGUGAAAAAAGUGAAAAAGCCUGGUAUCGUGUCUCCGUUCAAGAGAGUCUUUCUGAAAGGAGAGAAGGGGAGAGACAAGAAGGCCCAGGAGAAGGCCACCGAGCGCAGAGCACUCCACACCUUCUCACUCUCUCAACCCGACCACCGUAUAGACCCUGACAUCCUGCUUAAUGACUACAUUGAGAAGGAAGUCAAAUACUUGGGGCAGCUAUCAUCAGUUCCAGGAUACUUGAACCCAUCAAGUCGCACAGAAGUGCUGCAGCUCAUUGACACCGCAAGGAAGUCCCAUCAGUUGGCGGGCCAGCUGACAUCGGAGCAGGACGCCGUGGUGAGCUUGUCGGCGUACAACAUAAAGCUAGUCCGGCGCGACGGAGAAGACAUCAUCCUGAGAGUGCCCAUCCAUGAUAUCGCUGCUGUGUCCUACAUCAGGGACGACUCUCUGCACCUCGUGGUGAUCAAAACAGCCCAGGAGUCGGGGGGUUCUCCUUGUCCCAGCUCGUGUCCCGAUCUUAACAAGUCUCAGACCCUGAGCUCCUUAUCAGAGAGUGGGGCUGUGCUCGUGGAAGUCUGCUGUCUGCUGGUGCUCGCUGUUGAUAAUAAGGCAGCAGCGGAGGAGCUUUGUCUCUUGCUCAGCCAGGUCUUUCAGAUUGUUUACACGGAGUCAACCAUCGACUUCUUGGACAGAGCCAUUUUUGAUGGAGCAACUACACCUACCAGACACCUGUCUCUAUACAGCGAGGAUUCUUCAAGCAAAGUGGAUGUUAAAGAGUCCUUUGAAGGGGAAGCAGGCACAUUUCCUUUCCAGGCAUCUAUGGAGGCAGAAGGAAGCUCCCCAUCAGCGUCCACCCCUGCUUCCCCUCAAACGAAGACGGCGAGUGAAGGAGAGCUCAGCACCACCGCUGCAGAGCUGCUGCAGGACUACAUGACCACACUGCGGACAAAACUAUCAUCACAGGAGAUCCAGCAGUUUGCCACGCUGCUCCAUGAAUACCGUAACGGUGCCUCCAUUCACGAGUUCUGCAUUAACCUGCGGCAACUGUACGGGGACAGCAGGAAGUUCCUUUUACUUGGCCUGCGCCCCUUCAUACCAGAGAAGGACAGCCAGCACUUUGAGAAUUUCCUGGAGACCAUCGGUGUGAAGGACGGCCGAGGCAUCAUCACGGACAGCUUCGGACGCUACCGCCGCACAGCAAGCUCCGCCUCCGACUCCACCACCAACGGGAACGGCGCGGCAGGAGGGAGCGAGGCCUCGGACGAGGGCCAGGAGGCCUCGGAGGGGGACGAGUGGGACCGCAUGAUCACGGACAUCAGCAACGACAUCGAGGCCCUCGGCUGCAGCAUGGACCAGGAGGGCGUGGCCCCCUGAACCAGAGAACACAGGGGGACACUGAGGAGGUGAACAAGUAGGCAUGAGCUGAACGGAUCAGAUGAAGGGGGUCCGAAGCACUGACCUAAGAGUUUUUUUUUGUUUAUUGUAUUUUCCUCUAAUUAUCAAGAGGACGUUCCAUAAUCCCCACGCACUCAAGGAAAACCUCAACCUAUCACCACGAAGAAAACAAACAUGAAGUCAACAAAUGCACUUAUGCUGCAGACAUUAGGCAGUCAGUGGGCUAUUUCUGCAUUUCAGAGGAUUUCAGAGCCUCUGAUUUAUUUUGAAAGUCACUUGAUUUUGUACUCUUUUUAUUGGCAGUAUCUGCCACGGCUGUCGGCAUUGUAGUGAAAAUCUCCAGUGAUUGAGAAUAUUUCCGGCUGUUUUUUUCAACGUCUCAAAGCUUGUGUGCAUGUUUUAGAAGGUAAAGACUGAGGCUGUAUCGGUGUGCUGUUGUAUUACCAUUAGGUCAGUCAGCUUCAUCCACCAGGAGAACUUUCAUUUAUUUCACAUUUGUGUGUCGCUGUGAGAGUGGAACAUUUUGAUAUAUAUAUCAUUUUUUCUCAUAAGAUUUGUGUAUCACUUAACAGUACACUAUCAUUUUUUUAUCAGUGUUUACUCUUAUAUAUAUAUGUUUGCUUUAUUCAAACUGACCAAGGAAAUGCUGUACCAACAAAACAUUCUCAGUCAAUCCAAGCGAUUGAGUGGAAUGUAUUUGACACAGCCACUUAUGGCUGAUGUAAAUGUAUGAUUUCUCCUGCAGGUCAUCUUUGUUAUGUCACCUGAUAUUACAUGUAUCUGUCAUUGUGCCUUUACACUGCAGUACUGCUGCCGACUGUCUGCCACACAGACAGGGAAUUAUGAACUGUAACUACAGUUGUUGAGCAAAUCAUGGUUAUUAAAUAACAGCUAUUUACACUGA